GGUGUUUAUAUACCUUCACCUUGUGUAUUUGAUUAAUUCGAUCGAUGCGUAUGAACAUUGGUUUGAAGCUGGCCCGUUAAGAGUCAAACUUGAAAGCAGACGACCGUGAGAGGAACUUGCAUUAGGGAGGAAAGUGAGAGAGGAAACUGCAUCGAGGAGAAUUAGAUCUCUCGUCCACCGCCCGCUCGAUGGAACCUUCUCCUCUUCCUUCUGCUUCUUCUUCUUCUCUGAAACCGUACGCGUGUGACACGUGCGGGUACCGAUGCUCCCAGAGUCGGCGGUUGCAGGCGCACGCGCGCACGCACACGGGAAAGAAAUCGUACGCGUGCGAUGUAUGCGGUUACACCUGCACCACCUCCAGCGAUCUCAGGAAGCACUUUCGCACGCACACGGGAGAGAAACCGUACGCGUGUGACACGUGCGGGUACCGAUGCUCCCAGAAUCAGCGGUUGCAGGCGCACGUGCGCACGCACACGGGAAAGAAACCGUAUGCGUGCGAUGUAUGCGAGUACAGGUGUUCUCAGCUGAAACAUCUCCAGAGACACGCGCGCAUGCACAGGGGAGAGAAACCGUACGCGUGCGACAUAUGCGGCUCCGCCUACACCACCUCCGACAGCCUCAAGAAGCACGUUCGCACACACAUGGGCCAGAAACCCUACGCGUGCGAUGUAUGUGAGUACAGGUGUUCUCAGCUGGGGAAUCUCCAGAUCCACGCGCGCACGCACACGGGAGAGAAACCGUACGCGUGCGAUGUAUGCGAGUACAGGUGUUCUCAGCUGGGGAAUCUCCAGAUCCACGCGCGCACGCACACGGGAGAGAAACCGUACGCGUGCGAUGAGAACUGGGUGAGCACAGAUUGUUCCAAGGAAAAACGUGAGGGACAGCUGUGCAUUUCAACUUCCUCAAAAGUGAUGCAGUUCCUGAAAAAAUAA